AUGAAUGCCAACUCUCUUGUUCUCGCUCCCGAGGGGGACGUGAUAUUGGUCGUGGGUAGGGAGCGAUUUCGCAUACAUGCGGACUCCCUUUUUCUUAAACGGCAUUCAACAGUCUUUGCAGCUCUACUUGGCUCAAACUUUCGCGAAGGUCAAGAUUUGAAUACCUCAUCUUCGAAGGAAAUUCCUCUGCCUGACGAUGAUCCGUAUGCCAUGGCUGUGAUCUGUGCAACGAUGUACCACGACUUUGGUCACAUUCCGCGGAGCCCAGCGACAAAGCUAGUUUAUGGCUGGCUCAAAUCCGAUCAUUUGACUCUUGGAAAAGACCUAGCAAACAUUCUCGCUGUGUCCUAUAUGGUUAGAGAUCAGGAAGCGUUCAAAAAUGUGUCAAGAGCCUUGGUCUCGAAGUACGAAGGAUCAUUCGCAGAUCUGGCCGAUAGUGUGAUUUGUGAUGUUCUGCCUUGGAAGACAUUCUGCAGAUUGGAGGAGCUUCGAACCCGUAUACAAACACUAGCAAUUAGUGUCGCAUUGGGCCCAUCAGUGGAUAAACCCAUAGGCUUCGGGUAUGACAAGCAUUCCGGAUGCUCUCAACUCGCAGGAAGAGUUCAAGAGAAUUUCAGUAGGGAUCUGUUGAUAGAAGCGCGCCAAAGAAAAGAGCGGAUCCAUAGAGAGCGCUCAUAUAAAACCUCUUUGCAUUCGUCAGCAACUGGACAGUCAGCAGUCGGGCCUUUGCUUACGAAUUUACAAGAACUAGCGAAAACCUGUAAUAAAUGCAGGGAAAGUGUGGAAACUUCCCAGCUGAGUACAUUUUGCCUAAGUUUGGCAGGCAAUGACCUCCGACAGGUUGCUAUGUUACCCGAAUGGUACUGGGGCUCGAAAUUGACUUAUUGA